CAACCUCUUCCAUUAGAAUAAUCCCGCACUUAUUUCUCUUCACUCACCCCAUUAUUAAUACUACUACACUGCUAGCACUCCCAAGUGAGCAAGAGAAACAAAAAAAAAAAAAAAAAAAAAACCCUUCCUUUCUCCCAAAGAAAUUGUGGUAAAAAAAAGAGACAAAGUGAUCAGAACCCCAACCCCUUCCCCUUUAAUUUCCCUAGCAUUAAGAGCCUUUUUUUUUCUGUCCCUUUCUCCCUGUGCCAUCUCUGAGACAACAAGAUUCCUAAUUAAGUCCCCAGCAUGUAUUCCUUUCCAUGUUUCAUUUGCUUCUCGUCCGGGGGGGAUUUCCUUGGACUUUAAAGAACCUCUCUCUCCACACACACACAUAACAUAACCUAACCCUUUUUUUUUCUUCCCACUAUUAAUGCAAAAGUUGUGUGCAUAUAUGCAAAAGCUAUAGCUACAAACAUAGCAGGGGAUGGGAGACAUAUGAUGUCAAGAUGUUACUAGUAUUUACAUUAUGAUCGAUAAGAUGGGUGAGAUGCACAGUUACUUACACGGAGAGGGUAGUAGGGUACGUGAAGCUGAAGAGGCUAUAUAAGAAGGCACACGUUAUGCUGGUUCAGUUCAGACCGAAAAGCAACAGCAACAAAAAGUUCUGAUACUAGCUUCUAGAUCAUUGUUGUUUUUUGAUAUCUAUCAAACUUUCAGUUCAGUAAUUUCCCAUCAUCACCAUCAUGGCUUCUUCUAAUAGACACUGGCCAAGCAUGUUCAAGUCCAAGCCCUGCAGCCCUCACCACCAAUGGCAGCAUGACAUCAACGCCUCCCUCAUCUCCACUAGCUGCCACAGAAGCCCUUACUCUUCAGGAGGUGGUGGUUGUGAAGAGAGAAGUCCAGAGCCAAAGCCAAGGUGGAACCCUAAACCUGAGCAAAUCAGAAUACUGGAGGCUAUAUUCAACUCUGGAAUGGUGAAUCCUCCGAGGGAUGAGAUAAGGAAGAUAAGGGCACAGUUGCAAGAGUAUGGCCAAGUGGGUGAUGCCAAUGUCUUCUAUUGGUUCCAGAAUCGCAAGUCAAGGAGCAAACACAAACUUCGCCAUCUCCAAAACUCAUCAUCAAAGAACAUGAACCACCAUCACCACAUGAAUGUUGAUCAACAAAAUCAUACAAUUCCCACUAAUUCUUCUCUCCCUCAAACCACUACUACUGCACCCUCUUCCUCGUCAUCUUCAUCGUCUGAGAAAUCUUCCCCAAAAGAACUUAUAAUACCUACCACCAAGGUGUUCUCCAUUGGAUUCUCCGAUGCGGUGCCUAAUUCUCCAACAGCUUCUGUAAACCAGACCCGGAUUAAUGACAUCAUGCUUCCACCACCACCACCAGUUGAGGCUUUCUUCUUCCCAGUGCAACAACAACAUGAUGUGCAUCAUGGAGUAACAUCAUCAUCACAAGGGUUUUGCUUCUCUGAGCUGUCCAAUGUUGUUCAUGCUCAACAGAACAACGUUGGCCCUUGCACUAGCCUCUUGCUUAGUGAGAUCGUAGGUCAUGGUGCUGCUUCUGCUGGUGCCUCAAAGAAAGACAAGUCUCAGAUGAAAAUAAUGCACCAGCCCUCACUGCUUAAUUUCUGUGUCACUACUCCAACAACAGCAACAACAUCAACUCCUACUACUACCACCACUGUUGUUGUACCUCCCAUCACUACUACCUCUACUACUGUUUCAUCCCCCCUCAUGCCUCAGCUUCAAGGUAUUGGAGAUCCAGGUGGUGCGGCGAGAUCAACGGUGUUCAUUAACGAUGUGGCAUUCGAGGUAGCUGUGGGACCCUUCAACGUGCGUGAAGCUUUUGGAGAUGAUGUUGUGCUCAUCCAUGCCAGCAGUGGUCAACCUGUGCUAACAAACCAAUGGGGUCUCACUCUUCAUUCACUCCAGCAUGGCGCAUGUUAUUAUUUGAUAUAGGAAGUGGAAAGCUAAAGAAUGAUGAUGAUGAUGAUGAAUGCGAGGUUCUCUGUCUUGUUUUUUUUUUCCUUCUUUUUCUCAUCUAUAUCUACGUGUGUUUACUAUUAGGGUACCGGUUAUUAGAUAGGGGUUUGUAGACACCGCUAAUUAUGAGAAUGACUAAAGAUAUGCUCUAUGUUGUUUAAGUAAUAGUAUGGGAAAUUAUGACUUUCUUGACCACAUCAUAUGUAACUUUUCUCUUUAAUUUAGUUUAAAGCAAAUUAAUGAUCGUAUUAUGACA